AUUCUUUUUAAGCACAUAAUUUAAAUGAAAGGUUAUUUGUUACUGUGUCAAGAGUGAAGCAACUGUAACAGAUAAAUCUGAUGAUUGAGUAUGAUACGAUUUUUAAAAGCAUUGAAAUUCUUAUCUGAUCAACAUUUAUAUGAAUGCAAUCAGAAUUAAAAAAUAAAAAAAAGACUUGGUUCAUUUCAUCAAUCAAAUUAUCAAUCAUAUUUGAUUAUUUUAGUACAAUUUCAAGUGAAACAGUAAACCAAUUAAAAACAAAAAUUCAUCCAAUUGUUGUGUAUCUAACAUAAUCUACUUAUAAUUGAUGAUAUACUACUUAUAUACAUGUAUUUAUUCAAGUUAUAAACAAUGAUUUGUAAAUAUGAUACAUUUAAACAAAAAAAAAAUAAUUUUCACAUUUAAAAAAAAAUAAUUUAACAAUAUAAAUAUUAAUCAAUAUUAAUUAAGAAUUAAGUUAAUGACAUUUAUUACUUAAUUACCUAAUUAAUUAAUUAAUUAAAUAAUUAAAUAAAUAAUUAGAUAAUCAAGAUUACAGAUAUGAAUGAUUUAUAUAAAUAAAUAAAAAAUAAACAAAACAAAUACAGAAAUUAUCAAUUAUUAUUAUUAUUAUUAUUAUUGAUCUGAUAAUUAUGAUCCUAUUUGUAUAUUGAUUUAAUUGAUCAAUCAAACAAAUCAGAUCAACAACAAAAAAUGAUUAUUAUUAUUAUUCUAUUCAUAAUUACAAAUUAUUGUAUAACAGCUCAAAAUAAUACAAAUAAUAAUAUGGCUGAUAAUUACAAUACUACUACUAUCAACAAUAGUACCGUUAUGAAUGUUAAUGCUACUAAUACUAUUAGUAAUAAUAAUUUAAGUACAGGUGGAUUAAUUGGAAUAAUCAUUGGUAUGGUUAUUAUCACUACAAUAACUAUUGUUAUCAUAUUUUGGUGUAUUCGACUACGUCAUUUAUACAUAAGUCAACGGCAUACCAAAAUGUAUGAUCCAGAUAUGUUUCAAAAUAGUCAAAUUAAAAAUGGUGGAUCAUUACAUUUCUCCAGUACAUCACAUCCACAAAUUAGUCCAUUUCAAAAUUCAUUAGCAUCUAGUAGUCAUUUUCAAAAAUACUCAAUGCCUAUAGGACAAACUAUUAGCCCGUAUAGUAAACAACGUCAAUUUUUCAAUUCAAAUUUAACUCAUAGUGGUGGAUUUAACAGUUCUACUACGGACAAUCCAUUGAAACAAUUACCUGGUCAAGUGAAUUCUGCAAUGAAUUUAUAUCCUGGCGAACGAUCAAGUUAUCCUAAUAACUCCAAUACUUCACAAUCUCCUGAUUGGACUGAUCAUCAUUACUUUAAUGAACAUCAUUUCAAUGGUCCAUCAUUAUUCGAUGCAACAACUUCCAAUUUUCAUUCUUAUCAUCAACCUACAACUGAUAUCAUGUUAACAGAGACAUCAACAACAUCACCAACAAUUAUUGAAUCACCAUGUUAUCCAGUUUAUGUUCAUCCAUUACAAUCUAACAUUAGUGAAUUUAGAUCUUCUUCUAGUGAAAACUUAUCAUCACGGCAACAUCAUCAUCAUCAUUCAAGAAUUAAAUCAAUUGCAUUUAUUACUCAUUUAAGUGCAUUUGGUUUAAAGAAUAAACGACGUCUAUCACAAUUAACAACCAAAAAAUUGCAUAAACUAAAAUCAAAUCCUACUAGUCCUAAUGAUGAUUAUAACAAUAAUCAUAAUUAUUAUAAUAAAUCUGGUCAAUUAAAUCCAUUACCAAUUACAGAAGUUUAUGAAUCAGAAAGUUAUCAUAAUCCAAAUAUUAUAUCAGAUAAUUUUAAUUUGAACACAAUAGAAUCAUUUGAUAAUGAUUACUUUUUAUAUAGUUUACAAACAGCUGUAUUCAAUGGUUUUGUUCCAUCAAAUCCAUUAAAUCAACAAUAUACAUAUCAUGAUUAUUAUAGAAUGACAGGUCAUCAGACAAUACCAACUACAACUGCAAUAACAACAAUACUUCAUGAAAAGUUCAACCAAUCAUCAUUUGGUGAAGAUUUAAGUUUAGGCAACAAUCAAUCAACAACACCAUCAACUGGAUAUUAUGCAUCGAAUAGAAGUUCUAGAGUAUUUUCACCUGAGUACAAUAUUAAUAGUAAUGAUAACAGUAAUCGUUUUAAAUUUCCCCCACCUGGUCCACCAGUUGCUGGUUGGGUUAACCAAUUUAUUAUCAGAACAAACACGCUUGAAAAUUCAUUGCCUUCAUUAUCUAAUGUGAAUACAAAAACAUCAUCAUCGUCACCAGUGACAAACAUAAUAUCGUUGAAUGAAAGGCGAACACAUCGGUUACAACAACAGCAACAGAAAAACACUUCUUUCUCUUCAUUAUUACAUAAUACACCUUCAAAUCAUUCACCAAUCACAGCGAUUGAUAUUAUUGGUUUAUCGGGUUCUAUUACUAUACCAAAUAGAUCUAUUUCAUCUGUACCACCAUCUCCACAACACAUUCCAAUUGAUUUGAUUCAUUCUUCUCGUCCAUUGGGUUUAACUUCGUCAAGUGUAAUUCCAAGAAGAAAUUAUUCAGUUACAAAAUAUCCUAAACAUGAAUUACCAAUCAUAGGAAAGAAAAUAAUCCCUAAUGAAAGUGAUAAGUUACCAAUAUUAACUAAACUUGAAUUCCCAAAUGAUUCAUUUAUUAUUUAUAAAAAUAAUUUAAUAAAACCUGAUAGUAAUGUAUUGUUGGAUAAUUCAAAAGAUAAUAAUCAUACUACUGAUAAAGAGAAUAAUAUUACUCAACAAUUUCUUGGUUCAUUAAAUUCAUCUGAAACUCAACAAAGUGAUAGUGGUUAUAAUGAUUCACCAAUUAUUCCUGAUCAAAAGUUAUUUCUAUUAUCUUCAUCAUCUUCUGUAAUUCAUUCAAUUGAUUUACAAUCACCAACAAAUUUAUCACCAUCAUUUCAACAUGAUGUACCGAUGAAUUUAUUAAAUGAUCCUAUAAAUAAUUCACCUGAAAAUAUUUCAGUCACUUCGACUGUAACAACUAUAUCAACAAUAAAUUCAAUCUUUUCUGAUACUGUUGAAAUGAUCAAUCAAUAUUCAAAUGUAGAUAAUAGUAGCAAUAAUAAUAAUAAUAAUAAUAAUAAUAAUAAUAAUAAUAAUAAUAAAGGUAAUCAAUAUGUUUAUUGUAAAUUAGAACUUCCUUUAUCUGUCACACAGUCUACACCUGUAUCGUUGUCUCCAGAAACAGCAACACUGCCAUUAUCAUCAAAAAGAUCAUCGACUAGUUCACAAAGUACUGAACCAAGUUCUGCAAAUAGUACUACUGUUAUAUUACGUGAAAAUUUAGAUAUAAAUCGAAAAUUAUCCUAUCCAACUAUGAAUAAAUUCAAUAAUACUAAUCGUAGUCAAACUAUUUUUCGUUCACCAAGUGAUCCAGAUAUAUUUUUUUCAUUUUGUGAAGAACCAAUAAUAAAUAAAUCAACAUUUACACAGUCAUUUACUUCUUCACAUUUACCUAAUGAUGAUCAUCCUCAACAUCAACAUCAUCAUCAUCACCAUUCUGGUAUUCCAUUAUCCCGUACAAAUUUUACAUCAAAUAAUAUGAUGAAAUUAAUGAUGAUGAGUAGUACAUUAUCGGAUUCAUUUAAAUAUCAUUUAACAAGACAAAAAUCAGAAAGUCAAUUACUUACAGAUCGUCAUGAUUCAUCAUUUGAUGAAAUUUCAUGGGAUUUACAACCAACUCCUUUAUAUUAAAACUAAGAUGAUAAUAAUAUUCAAUAUUAUAUCUGAAUUGAAUACAUUGAACAUACUUAUUAUCAUGAUCUUAAAGGAACUUGUAUUUAUCAUCUAAGAAGAAAAAGGAUCAUGUAUAUAUGAAUAUUGCAGUAAAGAAACAUAAUGGUGAUUAUGUAUACAAAGGUGGAAAGAGAAGGCAUUGCAUUGUCAUUAUUGUGAUAUAUACCUAGAUAUAUAUAUUUAUAUGAAUAUUUUCUCUCUACAUUCAUUCUUUCAUUAUGUAAGUAAUUUGUUUGUUUCAAGUUGUUUAUUUAUGUUGUUGUUAUUAUUAUUGUUAUUAGAAAGUAUUUCAUAUUCCAUAUUGUUAAAUCACUUCAUACGAAUAUUCGUCAAGAUUAAAGCGAAUGGCUUCAAAUAAAAUUGGGCGCCAAGUAAACAGAAGUCAUUAUAUAUGUGAAUAAUUAUAUUUGACAAACAAUUUCGACGACUGAAAUUUCAAUAAUUCUGAUGUUUUGUCUAUCUAACUUGUUUGGGCUUCUUCAGGGGGGAUAAUCAAAAUCAUCAAAGAAAUAUAUGAUUGAUGAUUUUGAUUAUCACCUUGAAGAAUUUCAGACAAGUUAGAUGGACGAAACAUUGGAGUUAUUUAAAUUUCAAUCGUUGAGAUAAUUUCAUAUGUGUAGAAUACUUUUACUCUUACAUUAAUAUAAAAAGAGUAAUGUGUCUUUAUUCAAGUUACUACAUCAUUAAUUCAUUAUGUGUUGUUAUCUUUGUGCAGUUUUUUUCUUCUUUUUUUUUCAUUUAACCUCUUCCAAUAUUAUUUCACCGGUGCUAUUGCACUCUCUAAUAUGACUAGAAAGAAAGAAAACAAUAAUCUUAAUUAUAUUUCAUUAUUAUUUAAUUACCAUGACAAUAAAUAAUAUUGAUUUAUGUCAAUAUUCUAUUCAUUGUAUUACUUAUUUAAAUGAAGAUUUGUUUACUUUUAAUUUUCUUUAUUUUAUACUAAGAGAUGAUCAACAUGCCCAUUGUUUAUGUCUAAUUUUGUAUUUUGUGUGUGUGUGCGUGAGUAUUUAUGUGGGGACAUGCGUUCGUACGUACGUAAAUCCGUGCGUGCGUGUGUGUGUGUUAUUUAAGUACUAAAUAAACUUAAUAUCCUAAUUUUAUUCCAUCAUGUGAACAGAAGUUCUUCCUUUAGUAUUCAUACCAGCAUAAUGUCUUGCUUUUUUCUCGCCUUUUAUUUGUUUAUAAUCUAAACUCAUAUCUUGGUGAUGAUGACGACAACAACAAUAACAACGACAGCAUCAUUAUCCUCACCGACAUCAUACUCUUUUUCACAUGGCUACAUUUCUUCAUGAGUUUUUGUUUCUCUUUUUUUUCAUCAAUCAUUCAAUAUAUUCGAAAUGAAAUAUAAAAAAGAAAUGAACGAACUUUUUGAUAUAUCCUCUUUUGUUCAGCAUUUUUUCUAUCAUUAUUACUACUGUUGUUGUUGUUGUUUUACUUUUCUAUUUCUUCACAUCAUUUUGUUUACUGCUGUAUGUUAUUUUUUUGUUUAGAAAAUAUUAAACCCUUCCAUU